AUGCAUGAUUCCUCCGAUGCCUAUGACUUCCCUGACCGCGACGUUGUCUUUCAUAGCACGGUCAUGUACCUGAGGAGAGACACAAAAGACAAAAACUACCCAACGAAUACCACUGAGACUCCGAAGAUUGACAUUCUUCCGGCGUCUAACAGGCAAUCGCCCCCAGUAGCCGAUGACGAUACGGAUUCGAUUUCUGACCUGAGUCAUGCUACCAGCACCACUUCUCUCCGUGAAAGUAUCUUCGAGUACCGCAAACGCUAUGGUCGAACUUACCACCAUGAGUAUGGCGAGGCUCAGUCUUGGAUCCCAAAUGACGAUAAGCACCGGGAGGGUAUGGAACUCUUGCAUUAUGCUACCAUUGUACUACAGGGCGAUAAACUCUUUUAUAGCCCGCUGGAUAAAGAUUCAGUCAAGAAAGUUCUCGAUGUUGGCACUGGAACAGGUCACUGGGCAAUAUAUUACACCAAUUCAACCACUUUGGACCCCCCCAACCUUACGUUCGAGCUCGAUGAUGCAAACCAAGACUGGGCCUGGCCAGAAAAUACGUUUGAUUUUAUUUAUGUUCGGUUCUUGAAUGGAUGCAUUCGCGAUUGGGACAAGUUCUAUCGCGAGGCCUUCCGUUGCCUCAAGCCCGAUGGAUGGUUUGAGCACCAUAAGGUUGGUAUUGGCUGGACCUGCGAGAAGGGCGGAAUAACACCGGACAGCCCAAUCGGUCAGUUUGUACAAGCCUUCUCGAUAGCAGGAGAAAAAAUAGGUCAGACCUUCCGCGUAGUUGAGGACGGACUACAAACAAAAGGCAUGAAGGCAGCCGGGUUUGUCGACCUGGAAGAGAAAAUCCUCAGGUGUCCUCUGGGUAGCUGGCCCACAGAUCCACAGCUAAAGCAAGUUGGUCUCAUGAUGAAUGAGGUUUUGCUUGGGGACCUUGAAGCGACAUGGGCCCUCGGCUCUAACCGAAUGAUGGACCCGUCGAGCCCCCAGGGAUCUGCGUCCCACCCGCCAUACCCCAGAGACAGAGACCAGGGGCAGAAGAUCAUCAACUUCAGCAGCCCACAACGUGUUCGCUUCGCACCACAACCAUCAUCUCCUAACUCCAGCAGUGGACGACCCAGCUCAAGGCGAGGCAAAGCUUCACCUUUGCCGCCACCGCCAGGACCCUCAAUAUAUUGGGACGACCGGAACAAUGAUACGACUGAAAACCUAGAUCACUACACAUUCUACCGGGAGGGGACACCUCCGCCCGAGGCAGAAGCUCAGGAUAAAGAAUCAUCGCAGCAAAGAGGGGCUGUAAACCCGGUAGCUGAAGGCUCGGCAGCGGGAGGGGGCAACGCGAGCGAUCGCGAGUAUGGACAGCCUGAGCAGAGUGAGCUUGGCGCUUGGAGCGUAGCCGAUAGCAAUGUCACCAACCCGGCAAAGAGCAGACGGUUGCUAUGGAUCAUUGUUGCUCUCGGCGUGCUGCUUCUUGUUGGAGUUGCUGUUGGAGUUGGGGUCGGAUUGGGUAUUGGACUGAAGAAGACGAGUGAAUCCGGAGACUCUAAGUCAAGCACAUCACUGGAGCCCAUAGUAGCUGACAACUCAACCACGGCCACGUUAACCAUAUCAACAGUUUUAGCAAUACUUCCUCCUUCCACCUCAAACCCCUCCAGCACAACUUCUUUCGAAACCACCCAAACUGUCGACGUGACCGCGGGCUUCACUUCAUCGAAGCCACGACCAAAGUACAACUCCGACUGUCCUGCCCUCAACAACACGGUCUACCACGUUCCUGGAUCAACCCGAAGCUUCUUGCGCAUCUGUGGCAUCGACUACGGUAGCGAGGAUGGCAACGCCAUCGAUCUAGGCAAUGUUUAUACGGCCAGCAUGGCUGACUGCAUGCACACGUGUGCCUCGUUCGAUCAGUGCACUGGCUGCUCGUGGGGUUAUAUCGAGGGCGACGACGUGGGGGGCGAGCACCGGUGCUUUAUGAAGAAGAAUUUGAAGAAGCCUCAUGUUGCCCAUCCUGACUGGUGUUUUGCCAUCCUAAGGGAGUGA